GAAAAAUUAUUAAAAAAAGAAUUACACGCUUUUAUAAACAAUAAACAUUUUUAUGAAAAAAAUGGGUUACCUUACAAGCGGGGUAUACUUUUGUAUGGAAAGCCUGGAACUGGAAAAACAAGCUUAGUAAAUGCAAUUUCAGCAUAUCUAUCUCGUGAUAUUUAUUAUUUAAACCUUAAAAUGAUUAAAAACGAUAGCGAACUGAGUGCAACAUUUAGCGCCAUACCUUCUAAUCAAUUAAUUGUUAUUGAAGACGUGGAUGCACAAUCUACGGUUCUUCAUAAUAGAAAAUUUGAAAUAAACAGUAUCGAUAAAUUUGUAAAUGCAAAGUAUAUUGAUAAUAAUGUCCAAAAUUUUACAAGUUCUGAUUUCAGUUUAUCUGUGUUUUUGGCAUGCUUAGAUGGUCAUUUAAUUUCUGAGGGUAAUAUAAUUAUAAUGACAACUAAUCAUAUUGAUUUUCUUGAUCCUGCUUGCAUUCGGCCAGGUCAAAUAGACGUUCAUUUUAAACUUGGUUAUUGCACUCAUUAUCAAUUGAAUAAAAUGUUCAAAAACAAUAUUAACGAAUCAGGAAUUCCUGUCAAUGUGUUAAAAAAUAUUAAUGAAAAUGUAUUGCCACCAUGUGAAGUUAUGGCAUUAAUGUCAUUGUAUCAAAAUGAACAAGAACAGGUUGUUAUUGAAAAUCUCAUUAAAAUAGCAAACCAAUAUAACAAUAAUCAUAAAAAUAUUUGUAAAAUAGAAAAUAUUACCAUUAAAGAUAAGAAAAGAAAAUGUUCAAUAUAA